AUGUCUCCCAGCAACACAUUACAGGUGAAGUCUGGCCCUUCCUUCAGCAAAUGGUAUACAUGUGCCUUUCUCCUUCCCGUAUGUUCUCUCCCUUCCUCUCGCUUUCUCGAUAACCGAGACGUGGGAGUCGGGGUGUUCCGUUCGGUGUGGUCCUUCUUUCUCCUGCGAGGCGUAUUAACUCGCUUUAUCCCCAGGUUACGGUCUCGCACACCGAGCCUUGUGCCCGAACUCGCCACAAGUCGUACAGUUCGGCCCCAAAGACCUUGGGUCGCCUCCAUAGUUUGUCGGACAGUCCGCCACUCCGUGUUUUGUUUCUUUUUUUUCCUCCUUUUGCUUCCUUGUCUUUUCCUCCUUAUGUCCCUUUUAGACCAAUAUAGUCCGAAGACUAGAGUCCUUUUUGGUCUUACUUGUUCCCGACUGGACAAAACAAAUGCAAACUUCUCUCCUCUUUCAGACGGCCGUGGUAAUUCCCACGGGUCUAUCCUGGUCAACACGACACCAGCUUCCUCUGUCCCAUCACAAUCUUCCUCUGUCCCAUCACAAACUUCCCCUCCAUCAACCCCUCUACAUAAGACCUCUCCUACCAAAAAGACCACUCCCUCCACAUCUUCGGCCCAGACACAUUCUUCCAAACCCUCAACGCCUCUCAGUAGAGACCCAGCCCUUUCAAACAAAAGUUUACACCUUGCCACACUCCCAGUACUUCCUCCUUUAAAUCAUAUGAAAUGCCCCCUCCUUCUAUCAAAAUACAAAGGAGUCCAACCAAGGACAUAA